ACUUUUGUAGAAUAAGCAAAAGCAAACCCUGAGAAGAUGUCUUCAUCGUACAACAACACAAUUUCAUCAUCCUCCACUCAGUCUUUCCCCCUCUUAGCCAUCGGAGCAAACAACUUUAACCGUGAAGAGACGGCGAUGACAAUGAAUCAACAACGUCCCAACUCCGUUUCUCCACCACCCAGGAGACUAAGAAACAAACCAGGAAACCCAAGUCCAGAUGCUGAAGUGAUAGCCUUGACUCCCGAGGAGAUAAUGGCGACGAACAGGUUCCAAUGUGAAGUAUGCGAAAAAGGAUUUCAAAGACAACAGAAUCUCCAGCUUCACAGGAGAGGACACAACCUUCCAUUUAACCUGAAACAAAAGUCUGACGAAGAAAUAAGGAGGAAGGUGUAUGUUUGUCCCGAGCCCACGUGCGUCUACCAUGAUCCGUCACGUGCUCUCGGAGACCUCACAGGAAUCAAGAAGCAUUAUUGCCGGAAGCACGGUGAGAAGAAGUUUAAAUGCGAGAAAUGCGAUAAGUUUUACGCUGUAGAAUCUGAUUGCAAAGCCCACUCUAAGAUUUGUGGUACCAAAGAGUAUCGAUGUGUUUGUGGUACCAAAUUCUCAAGAAGCGACAGUUACGAGACGCAUAGGGCAUUCUGUGAGGCAUUAGCACAAGAGUCAGCAGGAAACCCUAACUUGAGCUUCACGGAAAUGUUAGCAGCCGCUGGUGGAAGUGAUGGCAGUAGCAGAGAUGGCUUACACGGCGGUGCUUCUUCUGCCCUCUCUCACAACCAUUUUGGUGACAACUCAAACUCUGGUUUUGCCCCUCCAGGCGCAGGUUUCAAUCUGAACCGUUCAUCGUCCCCAAAGUUUGAAGACUUUUUUCCUCAGUCCACAAACCCUAACCAUGGUCCUACUACUAAUUUCCCCAUGCAAUACCCUUCGAACCAAGGACUAUUGGCACGGAACGACCAGAAUCUCAUGAACCAACACGGUCUGAUCAACAACAACAACGUUCCUUCUGCUCAGCUUAGAGGGUCAAGUGUGGCCGCUAAUAACUUUGGAGGCAGUGGUAAUGUAAACUUUCAAGGUCAAAUGAACUCUCUAGCUGCGACAAGUGGUCAACAAGGCCGGCCCGGUAGCAGCAUUUUCGACCAUCGUUUGGGAAACAAUCUUGUUAGUGGAUCUACGCGAAUCAAGGCCCAGCCCAAUACGAGCGAGAGAGCCCACCUUCAUCAACGGUCAUCUUCUCAACAAGAUCAAGUCUUGUCGUCUUCUGUAACAGAGAGGCUCAGUACGGAGUCAACCUCACAGCUCCCGAUUCACAAUUCAUUUGCUCUUCUGUCAAUAUGCUGCGCUGGCUAGCUGCUUUAGCUUUACAGCUGUUAGCUCAAAGACCUAGAUCGUUCUCUUGUAGCCUAUAUAUUGGCAUCAUUGUUAUCUU